UUUGCCGGGUAUGUUGAACGAGCUUGAGCGAGCCACCCACGGCACGGUACGGUAUACACGAAGCGAUCGGAGCCUAACGUAAAGCGAGAAAAAUCAUCGCAAGCGAACUGACUAUACACGCGCAGUAGUUCCCAUACCCAUGUGUUGAGAAGGACCGUUUGUCAAUUCACAGUAGUAUUGGACCUUUUUAGUUGAGGGUUUUAGUAGCUUAUAGGAAAAAAUGGAUCCAUCAAGCCAGCAAAAUGCGACUACACACGAUGCAGAUGGGAAUCACGACCCAGGGAAAAUGUUUGUUGGAGGACUAAGCUGGGAGACAAGCACGGAUGGUCUUAGGAAGUAUUUCUGUCAGUUUGGAGAGGUGAAGGAAUGCGUCAUCAUGAGGGAUACCACAACAAGACGCUCCAGGGGUUUUGGCUUCGUCACCUUCUCUGAUCCAGCCCAUGUAGAGACAGUAAUACAGAGAGGCACUCAUGAAGUAGACAAGAAGAAGGUCGAUCCUAAAGUGGCGUUCCCUAAGAGAUCCCAUCCCAAGGUAAGAACAGUAAAUUUCAAUUCCCCCCCUCUUUUUCUCUUUUUCACUGACAAAAAGAGACUAAAAACUUUUUGCCAAGGUGUAUGACUUGUACGAUCAUUG